AUGAAACCCCAACAACAUUCUAGUGGUGAUGAGAGAAAGAAAAAUCGCAAAACCUCAUUUGAGAAACAACGCAGCAAAUUAUCGGCACGAUCAACCAGUGUAAUUGAAACUCCACGUCGUAUACCGCCAGCAAAAUACUUUAGUCCCAGCAUAGAUUAUGAUGAUUUAUUGUUAAAGUUUCGAGAAGAAUUUAAUAGAUUGUGGGAUAAUCCCAAGCCCUCGCCCGAUAAUGGUCUGGAGGACUAUGAUGAGUUGGCCACUCUGGGAGCAGGCUCUUUUGGACGGGUGGUUCUUAUUAAACAACGCAAUGCCGGCAAUUAUUAUGCAGUCAAAAUUCUGAUAAAAGAUCAAAUUGUUAAAACGAAACAGAUUACGCAUGUCCAUAAUGAGAAGCGUGUAUUGGCGGCCAUUAAUUUUCCAUUUCUGAUUAAUUUGGAAUUUUCUGCCAAGGACUAUGAUUAUUUGUAUUUGGGUUUGCCAUUCAUAAACGGUGGUGAAUUGUUUACUUAUCAUCGCAAAAUUCGCAAGUUCAACGAAAAACAAGCAAGAUUUUAUGCCGCUCAAGUCUUUAUGGGUUUGGAAUAUUUGCACAAUUUGCAUUUGCUGUAUCGCGAUUUGAAACCGGAAAAUAUUUUACUUGAUAAAUAUGGUUAUAUUAAAAUUACGGAUUUUGGAUUUGCCAAAAGAGUUGAGACUCGUACUCUUACCUUGUGUGGCACACCCGAAUAUUUGGCCCCCGAAAUCAUACAAUCCAAACCGUAUGGCACUAGCGUGGAUUGGUGGUCAUUUGGUAUUUUAGUUUAUGAAUUUGUGGCGGGAAGUUCACCAUUUGCACCACACAAUCGUGAUGUUAUGGUGAUGUAUACUAAGAUAUGUGAAGGUACCUAUAAAAUGCCCAGCUAUUUUAGUGCGCCUCUAAAGGAUUUAAUAGAUCAUUUGCUGCAAGUGGAUUUAUCGAAAAGAUAUGGCAACUUAAUAAAUGGCAUUAAGGAUAUAAAAGAGCAUGCCUGGUUUAAAAAUGUCGAUUGGUAUUCUCUUUUAAAUCAAGAAAUACCUCCUCCUUAUAUACCGCGCAUUUCCAAUGUUGAAGAUUUAUCAAAUUUUGAUAAGUAUCCUGAACCAAAACCUGCUCACAAAUCGAAAGUUAAUCGUCAUGCCGAUUUAUUUGCCAGUUUUUAAUGUUCCAGCAGAUGUUUAA